AUGAGGCAAGCUGGUGAGGUCAGGUCACGGAGGGCGACGCCGCCGUCGCCAUCAUACAUGACAAAGGACGAAUUCGCAAACUAUCUCGCAAACCUUCGAAGCAAGCCCGUGGUGAGACCCGGUGGUGCCAGGCCACCGCCUCCCAGCAACCGUCCGCAGGUAAACCGAAACAGUCUCAGUAACAUUAGCUACGAUGCAUCGACGACGUCACAAGAUACGGCUCAUCAGCUGGGCCAUCAGCGAUCUCAGUCGCACACGCCCAGCCUCAUUGCCGGGAGCAUGGCGUCAACUCGCCUGUCCACCAUCAGCUCCCGAAGCCGCGACUACUAUCCGACCAGCCCAACGCCACCUCCAAUCAAGCCCGAUACAGUUGUGCCCACGGCUAGUUAUAUGGAGAGGGGCCGCCGAUGGAUGGAAAGAGAGGAGGCAUCGUCUCUGCGAGAUGCCAUGGAAGAAAUGGAUUUUCGAGAGAGCAGAAAGGCUUCUCCUGAUAACGAUCCUGCUGUCGAGGACGACGAGACCCGUAUCUACAACGCUGCCCUCAACGAAGCCGCUGAGCUUGUAUGGGAACAUCAGCAUGGAGUCAAACCCCGGCCACCCGAGGAAGAAAACGGCUCUCGACAAAACGGAUCCCCCGAAGCAAAAGCACAAGCACGCGGCCGGCGCAGCAGCAUGAAGAGGAAUAUCAGUGGAGAAGUCGAACGACCGUUCUCUGGCGAUCAGAUAUGGGAAGAGCCCGAAGCCCUGUCAGGCGAUGGACCCACGACAACGACCCCUCCCAGCGGUGAUUCGCCCGUUUCGCUGAAUCCUAAGCCGUCCAAUACGAUCGGACGGGUUCCCUUCCCGCGCAAUCAAGGAGAGACAAGCCCGACCAAGCGAUUGGAUCGCAUAGAAAUCCACAGGAACCCCCCAACUCGAUCUCGUAACGCCCAAUAUCAAGUCAACACUCCCGUUGUCAACGGUCAGAAGCCCUCCGAUGGACAGCAUCUGAAUGGAGUCGAGAUUCGCAGUCAGGAUAUCCGCGAAGCUACUAGCAUGAGGCUGAAGGACCGCAGUUCUAGACUCCCGGAACCUACCGCAGUCAGCGACAGCCCUGGAAGGCCCAUUGUAAGCUUCGAUACGAACUGGAAAGCCCCGGAGGAGUCCUCGUCCACUGAUGCCAGUUCAGACCGACCAGACCCGACAACGCCAGCAUCAAACCGCUUGCGGUCCCAGUCCCAGUCUCAGUCCCAAGCUCAACCCCAGCCCCAAACGCCAUCACGGCCUAUGGAGAUCCCUAGCAUUGUUGUGGCGGAAGACCCUUCGCCGAGACUACGGGCGCAGACGAGCGGGAGUGUGCCAUCCAUCUCGAUAGAGGAACCGGAUGAGGCCCCAAAGCGGCCGAUACCCGCAAUCAACGUCCCGUCUAUUUCAGUUGAUGAAGCGCCGGGUCGCCGUAGCAUUCCCAGCAUUUCAACGCCGAGGGACUCGCCUGCGAGAGGCUCAGUGCGAGGCGCACGCCCUCUCCCAACACCCGGGGCUCGUGGGCCUCAGGGCACGCGCGACCUACCGCAGCCGCGAGGCCACUGGUCACCAGCAUCAGGUCCCAUUAGGCCAGCGGGAACCGUCUGCAACCAAUGCCAGCGCCCCAUCGAGGGCAAGUUUGUGGCUCUGGCUGGGUCUCCUGAACGCUUCCACCCUCACUGUUUCCGCUGCUACACCUGUAACACCAGACUUGAAGCCAUGGAGAUCAGUCCAGAGCCUGAGGCAUCGCGGGCUGAGCGUGUGGAGAGGAUUCGGCGUCGCGCGGCGGGUGAGAUAUUGGACGAGAAGCCUGGCAUGACCAUGGCGGAAGACGGAGACGAACGACUCCGCUUCUAUUGCCAUCUCGACUGGCAUGAACUCUUCGCUCCACGCUGCAAGCACUGCACGACUCCCAUCCUUGGGGAGCAUAUUGUGGCGCUUGGAGCGCAUUGGCAUUACGGGCAUUUCUUCUGCGCCGAGUGCGGCGACCCGUUUGAGCAUGGCAUGACACACAUUGAGAAGGACGGCUACGCAUGGUGUAUCAAUUGCCAGACAAAGCGGACGGAACGCCGUGCGCCCAAGUGCAAGAUGUGCAAGACAGCGGUCAUCGGCCAGUAUAUCAAGGCACUGGGAGGCGAGUGGCACGAGCAUUGCUUCCGCUGCCAUGAGUGUAAGGGAGGGUUCGACGAUGGGCAGAUAUUCCCCAAGGAGACUGCAACGGGCGCCAUUAUACUCUGCACCAACUGCCGGUCCAGGGAACUCAAAUUCUAA